AUGGAGAAUCGUUCAUCAAUUUAUGAACAAGCGGGUCCCAAAGAUAGAGACUUUAAAUCAAAUAUUACUGUUGAACAUCAUGUUAAUUAUUUUCCUUCAACCACUUGGCCCGUUUUCAAUUCUCAUUUCAAAAGUCUCGUACAUCUUGAUCCUGGUCCCAAUGAUAUAAAAUUCAUUCUUGAUCAAGAACCUUAUUCAUCACCAUCAACUUUUUCAACACGAUAA